AGUGGCAUUGAUAACGUUAUUCGUAAGUCAAUCUCAACGUUAAGAUGUCAGGAGGUUUAGAUGUAUUAUCUCUCAAAGAGGAUGAUGUUACAAAAAUGUUGGCUGCCUAUACUCACUUAGGUGCAGAAAAUGUUAAUUUUCAAAUGGAACAAUAUGUAUACAAAAAGAAAAGUGAUGGUGUCAGUAUUAUUAAUUUACGCCAUACAUGGGAGAAAUUAUUAUUGGCAGCACGUGCCAUUGUUGCUAUUGAACAUCCCAGUGAAGUCUUUGUCAUUAGUUGCCGACAAACUGGACAAAGAGCUGUUUUGAAAUUUGCACAACAUACUGGAGCUACACCUAUUGCAGGACGUUUUACUCCUGGUGCAUUUACUAAUCAAAUACAGUCAGCUUUUCGUGAACCACGACUUUUGAUUGUUACUGAUCCAUCUACUGAUCAUCAACCAAUUACUGAGGCCAGUUAUGUAAAUAUUCCAGUAAUUGCUUUUUGUAAUACUGAUUCACCUCUUCGUUUUGUUGACAUUGCAAUUCCCUGUAAUACAAAAAGUCUUCAUUGUGUUGGUCUGAUGUGGUGGCUAUUGGCAAGAGAAGUAUUAAGAUUAAGAGGCUCUAUUGCUCGUGAAACUAAAUGGGAUGUUGUUGUAGAUUUAUUCUUCUAUAGAGAUCCAGAGGAGGCUGAGAAAGAAGAACAAGCAGCUAAGGAAAUAGCACCAGCUAAAGAUUUUGCUGGAGCAGUUGAAGUUGCAGCUGCUGCUGAACCUGGCUGGGUCAAUGAAGUUGAUACAGCAGGAGCAGUUGCUCCUGAGAAUUGGGCUGAUGAUGUAGCGACACCAACUGCUGCUACUAUUCCUACAGCAGGUGCUGCACAAGCAUUCCAAACCAGUGGAGACUGGGCUGCUCAAACUUCAGAAGAAUGGUCUGCUACAACACAAUCUGCAGCAGGACAAAGUUGGGGAGGUGCCACAACAGAAAAAUGGUAAUUUCAUUUUCUUUGAUGAUUUCAUGCAUUUUGUAUGAUCAAUUUAAUAAAGUGAUUAAAAAUCUAAAAAUA